AUGUACAAACCAGCACCGCCCCGGCCGAAGAAAACCAGCAUAGUCCGCUCGCGUACGGGCUGUAAGCUAUGUCGCCAUCGACGUGUCAAGUGCGAUGAAACAAAGCCAUCAUGCGGGGCGUGUACCCGUGCAGGCAAAGCUUGCGAACAAGUUUCGCGAAACUUCGAGUUCAGCAAUCGUACUCUCACCAAAGCUGAAUCAGCACCAAGGCCUCUUCAGCGUGUUCGAUGGCAGCCAUUUUACAAGUCUGGAUCUCUAUCCAAUGCCGAGGGGCACAGAACAAGCGGGCCGUACAAUGACUCGAAAACGGAGGACCGAUUUAGCGUUCACAAAUUGCAAGAUCAGGAAUCUUCUCGUAAGGCUGUUGGUUUAAUCGCCGGACCCGUCACACCAGAUGAUCUGCAGUAUAUCGACAGACUUAUUGACAUCCGAAGCUUCGAAAAAGAGCAAUGUUAUCUGGUACAUUGGGAAGGCUUAUGUAUUGGUGCUCUAGAUCGACUCUUUUGUGGCAUUAAUGCCCUCUCUCCCCAAGAUCAUGCCUUGAAUAGCUCUCUGCUUGCACUGGCAGCUUGCAACAUGAGUCGACGUUCGCCUGAAGGCUACAUAUGGCAAGGCAGACUAGAAUAUGUUCCUCAUCGUGAUCAUCAACUAUCUAGCCAGCGAUACUAUAGUUCUGCGGUCGGCGAAACCGCCAGAGCCCUCCGGAGAAAGGUUUCUUCGUCACCAUUGGUGACACUAGCUACUCUGGUACUAUUUUGCUUCAUGGAGACUGCCAUGGGAAAUUUCCGAGGAUUCGGGUGGCAUUGUCGGGGGAUUGCCCAGAUCAUCGACAUGCAGCUUCCCCCACUUGCUAACGAUGCACUUGGCAAAGAGCUUAUUGUUGCAUGGCUUGCAUCGAGACUCCACAUGUGGUGGCGCAGAAUGUACUUCACCUCGUUCUCGCUUCAGCUCCACCAGGGUUCGCUUUUGAUAUCGCCACAGUUGAUGCACGUACUGCGGACAACACAGGGUCAAAAGACGCUGCUCACAACAAUUCUUUGUGAGUCACAUAGGCUAAACACCAUCGCCACGCUUCAAGACUUGUCCGAUAGCCAUGCACGGGACUCUGCCGCUUUGACUCUUGAUGAAUGCUUGUUGCUAUUGGAGGCAGAAAGAAGAAAGCUGGAUGAGUGGCAUUCUCACUUUGGUGCUGAUCAGCCUCCUUCUGACGCAUUGAACCAAUCAGCUGAGUGCAACUCUUCUGAGUUUAUACACCCACUCUUCUUUAAGACCCACGAUGCCGCCAUGAACUAUGCGUACUAUGUUGCAGCACGGAUUUUGCAAUGCACAGAAUGGCUACAUCACGAAUAUGACUCCAGCAAGGGUCAACAAGCUCAGCUAGCGAAAGACAUCAGCGUCACUACAUCCUGGGUGACUCGUCUUCUCCGUACCGUGGUAGGCUUGGAUAUAUUUGAGUGUGCUAGACGAAAUUCCUACUCGAUUGGGAUCGCGAGCUUACUUCUGGCUUGUGUCCUAAAGUGUGAUGAUUUGAAAUCCGGAACACAGGCGCAGCAUUGGCUACAGAAAUGCGUUGAUCUAGCAAUCCUCGAAGAGGGAAGCUUUCCAAUUGCGCAGACAUUGGAGGUUGUUCGUAUUAUUAACGAAGAACGUGCGGCAGGAAGAGACGUCUAUGCGAUUGGUCUGCCUGAGGAUGACGGUGGUGGAUCGGGAAAAUACUCGUCUUACAAUAGCCAACGGUUCCGGGACUUUGUCAUUCUAGGGCGAGUAAGGGAGGAUGAUUCUGUCUUCUCCGAGCAAGUCAGCAUGGAUGGGCGGAAACCAGGACUAACGACAUGA